CAAUCAAAGAAAGUAAAUGUAUUAAAUAUUUAAUAUUCAAGAUUCUACACUAUUUCUAGGUCUCUAUUUAAAUGUAAGAAAUGUGUGAUAUUGACCAUGUUAACUGCUUUGUACAAAAGGUCAGAUUUUCUUCAUGUCUAAUCUCUUCUACUGAAGCAUGUGUUCAGACGACACUCUGAUGGAUUUGAUCUAAAAUGGAUCAUAAGGUUUUACACAAACUUGUGGAGUCCACGCCAGCUCGAGUGCACACUGUCAAUAAAGCAAAAAGGGGACAUACCAAAUACUAAGAAACUCUGAAAUUCUUAUAAAUAUUUCAAAUAUUCUACUUUUCACUCUAGUUCUUGUCACUGAUAUCACUUGUAAUGAAAAUUGUUGUAUUAAAUUGGAAAAGAAUGUAAAGUAGAAGUAUUUUCACUAGUGCUCUCAGACUUUUGGACUCCACUGUAGGUAGCAUAUUUUAAGGGAUUUGUCACACAUCAUUUCUAACAGUAGUAUAGCAUAAUAUAUAAUUAACUGUCAUACCACUCUAUCAUCACACUGCUACAUGCUGUCACAGUACACAUACUGCGUUCUGGGGAGAAAACAAAUCUCUGGAAAAAGCAAGUUUUUGAAUUGGCAACCUGAAGAGUCAGUAAACACUCCAAAUGUGGGGUGUAACAGCAUGAACACAAAGCACUUGCCAGGUGGUGUGUGUGAAGUGUACAGCCAGGUGCUCGCUCCUAAAACAAGCUCUCCGGAGCUGGAAGGCCAUUAAGCCUUCCAAAACCGGACCCCUCCUGCUGGGAGUGUGCUUAGAAGCGGUUGUAAUCCUGGCUGCCUUCUUCCUCAGCCGUCAUGGGAACCGGCAUCCCGUAACCUUCAGGGAAUCCUGGGAAAAAUGCUCAAUUACUUCCUGAUUUCUGUUUGAAGAAUGGAAUGUUGCCUAGGUGUUCGUAGUAGCAGCAUGCUUAUUAUUUUAAAAAGGGCAGAUUAGCCAAAUCUGUUCUUGUAAAUAUGGAUUAACAAUGUCUUGUGUAAGGAAUAAAACAAAACCGGGUGUGGUGGUGUAGGAAAAUAAUCAAUGACAGGAUGGUGUGAUGCAGCCUGACGAAAAACAGAGUUACUAUUAACACCUGAAAGUUGAUUAUUUUCCAGCAACAGCACAUCCUGAAGUGUUUUAUUCCUCUUAUACCAAUUACAAUUUUUUGUUUAUUAAAGCAUGAAAUGUCAUGAUUUAUUCCUUUAUAGUUAUAUUUUAUGCUGUAGAAAGAAGUUACUGUGAAAUCAAGCAUCUGUGAAACAAGUUACUUCCAGUUAAACAUACCUUAUAGCAGCUAUAAACAGUCGUUUCCUCACCAAUUUCUCUUUUUUUCUCUCUCGUGUUACUGAGAAACCACAAAGCACAAAAAAAAUCUGUCCUGAAGACUCUCUUAUGCAAGAAAACAUCAAGUUAUAGCUUUACCUCUGACUGUUACGAAGUGCUGACACUGGAGACUCCUUCACCAUAUCAACAAUUAUGUGUUUUUUUUUUAAUCUGUUAUAAUGGAGCAACCACAAUACAUGUCCCUGUGUAAGUUGUUAUUAUAGGAAAGAUAGCAUAGUAAAACGGGCACUUUAAUAGAAACCUGUGAUUUGCCUUGGAAGCGAAAGUGAGUUUGUUAGCUUGCUAACAUGGAUGUUUCACAUUUACUUUUCUUAAAGUCACGGUUCAUAACUUAUUUGGUGACAACAACAGUGAUGAAAAGUGAAGAGGUUGAACUCGUUUAAACUGGAAAUCUUCUUUUAACAGAAAUUUGGUCUUAAUCAUAUACAUAAUCACAUUAGUUAAUCAUAUUGGAAACUACAUACUAAUGAUUUCAUUCAGAAUCUUUCCUGCUCAAAUUGUAUGCACCAAAAGAAUCUGAUCAAGCUGCUUGUCUGAACAUAACCGUGGUGUAUUUCCCCAGUGUUCACUUAUUAUGGUACACCACUAUACUGAUAUAUUUUUACAUCAUUAUGCAAGCCUGCUGUGCAUAACACCUGGGGUCAGGACGAAACCUGCUUAUACAUUGUGAUCAAAUAAGCCAGUCCCCUGGACCAAGGACGACUUCCCCAGUUGUCCUUCCACGUGACAGCGAGGCCGCCCUUAUGACUUCUACACAACAGCACUACACAACAAAAUACAGUCUUAAACUUGCUUCCAUUAAUCUGAUGUAAAGUGGAAUGAAUGUAAGUAGAAAUAAGACAGUCAAGUAAUUUAGUAACCAAGUGUAGCUGGAAAACACUCCCUUCCCCCCACAAGUGGUGUGUGUGUGUGUGUGUGUAUGAUAAUCACCUUUACACUUCCUCGCUGAAUUCACACAGUGGCCUCAGGCUGCUGCUGAACAGCUUCUGUCGUCCAAUCCUCCAAUCCCGAGCCUGCGUUCUCAGGAAGUUGUGGGGUCAUUGAUUCCUUUAGGGAAGGGGCUAAAGAGGAAAUUGGCUUUCAGACUUUUCUGCCCCCCCGCCUUCUUCAGAUGAACAAUUUCAGUCCGCUCUGUCAGACUAAUCCAGAAGUCCUCCAAGUCUUCUGGAGGACUUUGUUUUAAUGAGCUUUUAAUUCUACAGCAUUAAGAGUAAGUUAGAAGUGGUGUUGAGUACGUACCUGUUCAUCCCCUGCCUGAAGGUGAUCUGUAGUGCACUGUAGUGAUCUUCAUGGCAGGUGCCGCUUUAACCCGUUUCUGAAGGAUGGCUGUCCCUGUAGCCGUGUAUCUCUUGGUUGCUUCCAGGCUGCUUUUGGCUGUAGUGAAGUGUGACAGCAUCAACUUCUAUAAUAUCAGGCCUCCUGUGGAUGCGACUCCAUAUCCCAAAAGCUUCAAGUGCUUCACAUGCGAGCAGGCUUCAGACAACUACAGCUGUAAUCGCUGGGCUGAAGACAAGUGGUGUCCUCAGAAUACACAGUACUGCAUGACCAUACAUCAUUUUGGUCGACACGGGAAAACUAAGUUUGUAACAAAAAGAUGCGCUUCGUUCGAUGACUGCAAUUUGACUGGAUGCCGACAUCACGGGAACACACACCACGCGGAGUGUGUGUCAUGCUGUGAGGGCAUGGCAUGUAACGUGGAGCUUCCCACUAAUCACACCAACGCCGUGUUCAUGCGGAUUCAGGAUUUCAGCUCCGCCGCGACACGCAGCAGCAGCAGCUGGACUCCCAUAUUUCUAUUAACCGCAGCUCUUGCAUCGCUGUUACCUUUGUGACAAUAUCACAGUGCUGCUGAGCCUGUAAAAUAUCCUGCUGGAAUACCACUGGCACAUAGCAAAAUGGCUUCUGGGAGUCUUCAAGAAAGCAGAAAGUUCCUCCUGCCUCUUCAGUGUUGGACGUAUAAAAGCAGGCAAUUAUAAUAGCAAAGCUGUCUCACUGACCUGACCGAAAGUCCAGCCAAUCAGUGCACAAAUCCAAACCAAGAAGCCAUGGAAUCGGAGACUUUGCCAAUGUCAACCGUUUGCCAAUGACAUGCUAAAUAGGAUGGACAAAAGGAUUCAUUUAGCUGCGAGGAUGUUGAUUCCCCGAGUAAUGCUUCAUUGGGUUUGUAUUGACCCUGAUGAAGGACACGUACAGGACUGAGGGAUUCUGGGAUGGCGGGACGACCUCGUCCAGUGGCUCGGAGCCCAGAGACUGUUCCAGAAAAACCCUAACAAGAUGACAAAACCACUCUCUUACGCAGAACUCGCUGGAAGAGAUCUGGCAGUAAGGCUUAGAGAAGAAAGUGGACAGAUGUUUUAAUGUUUAAUGGUCACAAUUUGCUUUAGAAAUCUCACAGAAAGAAAGCAGGUGACUAACAGUGGUAGCUGAAACAGUCAAUCAGUGGAUGCUGUGACACAUUAAUUUAACAGAUAUUCAUAGCAGUAUUUAUGAAUAAAGAACAAAUAAAUAAUAAAAAACAUCAUGAAAGUAACAAGGAUUAUUAUUAUUAUUAUUAUUAUUAUUAUUAUUAUUCCACUAUGAAAUAAUUCAAAGUUGCUGUUAGGGUUCCACAUGGUUUCAUAAUACAUUUUAUUUAAUUUCUAUAUUAUUUUAUUUUAAUUUAAUAAUCUGUAGGAUCUUGACUACAUUGAACAAAUGGUUUGUCCCUGUUUUGGACAAAUUAGUAAUACUUGUGAUAUAUGUGACAGGUUUUAUUGUUUUCUCCCUUUAGAGUCAAAUCACAUGAAGAGACAAGAUAGGCCUCACCAGAUUUUUCCCUUUCUUUUGUACAAAUGAGAAUUAAUUGCAUUAAUAGGCAUACAUUUUAACAAGAAAGGUAUGUUGGAGAAAGAAUGGUGUUAAAAAAAAAUCUGAAUCACAUAAAAGAAUCAUGAAUCAUUUUGGUCAUGAACUACAGAUAAAUGGACACUAUAAAGAUGACACCAGACCAACACACACUUGUUAUGUAACAGUUUAUUCUAAAAACCAGUUUCCAUUUCCAUCAGUCCCAUUUCCUUUCAUCCACACUUUCAGGCAUUUUCAGUCGGUUUUUGUCAUGAGAAAAUUCAGUAUUCUUUGUGCUGGGUUUAAACUUACGCUUUGAGUCUUUAUGAAAUGAGGGGCUUCUUCUCCUUAAAUCUCCCUCCACAUUAACACAACUCCCUAAAGACUGAUGCUGCUGAACACAAAGCCAUGCGCCAUUUGUAUCUUCUCUGUCUAGACUAAUGGGAUUGCGUUUGUCUGACUAAACAUGACAUAUGGCUUUUUCCUUUUACAUUGAAGUGUGUGUGCGCACUGAGACUCUAUUGACUGAUGGUGUUGAAGCGUGUCAUGUAUAUGGGUUAGACAUACCCCCUAUGUUUUGUCAAAGUGAAAGUGUUUGGUGAGUGGUAACAUGUCAGCGGAAGUUUGAGCCACCAUUGUGCUGCCUGAAUGAAUCCGAGUGGACAGAUAAAGACUGGAAAAACAUCAUCUGGAAUUUUCCAAACUUCAGCUGUCCAGCAUUAGUGAUCCUGAGCCCACUGUAGCCUUAUAUUCCUGAUCUUGGCGGACAGGAGUGGAACCUGGUGUGGUCUUUUGCUGCUGUAGCCCAUCCACCUCAAGGAUCAACAUAUUUUGCCUUCUGAGAUGCUUUUCUGCUCACCACAGAUGUAAAGAGUGGUUAUUUGAGUUACCAUAGCCUCAAAACUGUCACCUUCCUAUCAAAUCAAACCACUCUGGCCAUCUUCCUCUGACCUCUCUCAUGAACAAGGUGUUUCUCCAUGCAGAACUGCUGCUCACUGGAUUUGUUUUUUCUUUCCCUGCACCAUUCUGUAUAAACUCUAGAGACUCUUGUGUGUAAAAAUCCCAACAGAUCAUAAGUUUCUGAAAUACUCAAACUAUAUGCCAGUCGUAGUCACUGAGAUGACAUUUUUCCCCAUUCUGAUGUUUGGUGUGAACAUUAACUGAUUCUCUUUAUUGCAUUGCACUGCUGUCACAUGAUUGGCUGCUUGGAUAAUCUGGAUAAUGAAUGUGCAAUUAACCAACCCACAUUUUACACAACUCACUUUUCUAAAACUAGAUCUUGUCCAGCUCUGUAAUGUGACCGGGUCUCCUCGGCUGCAUUGUCUCAGCGUGUUUGUUCUCUAAAGGCUUGUAAAGCUUAACAUAAUGCACAGGGGGUCAGAGUUCAUAGCGUUAAUUGGUAGCAGGCGGAGACUCGGAGAGAUCCUGCUUUCUUUGUUAUACCAUCAGGAUCUGAGGGGUUCUUAGUAACGGAACCACAAAAACACUAAUGACGGAGAAUCUCCUGAUGGAUUACAGACGGAAUUGCUGUGUGGCCACCCUCACCAUUCAUAGAGCUAGUAAACCUCUGAGUGCAAAGACUAAGGACCAAGUACAGGCCCUUUCAAAGAAAAGAAUUCUACCAUAGAUAGCAUUUAUGAUUGCAUUGGAGCAACUGACAGCUAACUUCACUAAAAUGUAAAGCUUUUAAUCACUAAUUGGCAUUGUGGAAAUUAUCACAUACUUUGUUCAAGUAAGAAGCAUUUGAUUACAUAGAUGGCACUGAUCCGAUACCCAGUAUCAGUAUUGGGCUGAUACCAGCAAAAAAAAAAAAAAAUGGUGGAUCGGAGAGAAAUAUCGUAUAUCAGUUCCUGUAACAAAUGGCAAAGAUUAGAAUUGGAUUUGGAAAAGGAAUUAAUUUUUGGGACUGUAAAUGUUUACAUAUAAAGAGAUUUGACUGUUUUUUCUUUUGUUAGAAUUGAUUUUAUUCUAUUUAUACUUGAUAUUAUAUAAUAUGUAUAUACAAUAUAUAUGAUUUUUGUGUUAGAGUUUAAUUGUGAAGUGCUUCAGUUAAAAAAAGAAUGAAGCUUAGUAGUUUAUAAAGAAAACAAUAUCGGUAUUGGAUAAUAUUCAAGGUUUAGGUAUCGGAAAAGAAAAAGUGAUAUCUUGCCAUCUCUACUGCAUAAGUAGCAGGUUAGAAAAAUAUAGGAAAUAUAUGAAUAAAGCUGAAAUAAAUAAAGUAAUAAAUAAAGCGAUUCAGGUUCACAUGACCAAAAUGAAUAUUUUUCUACCAUGUAAUUUAUAUUUUUAUAAAUAAUUUAGAAUUUAUUUGUUCAUUUUUAUACAAUAAGUCUAUUUGAGAUUCAGCACGGGAUGAGGGAUGUGUGACUUUGCUAACUGGUUCGGUCUGUUACUUAGCCAUGUUAGUAUCAUAGCUCUAGUGAAAAACCUAGAGGUUUUGAAAUAUAGAAGUCUAAAGAGUUUAAAGCUGAUGGUUUUUGAUGGCUAUCUUCAGUGAUUGGUUCCUUACCAACUGUUACUACCUCAUCAGUCAUCAGUGAGGCCUUGCGUGUGUGAACUGUUCUCCGCUUGAUGACACUGCAAACAGUUUCACGUAUGUAAGACUCAUUGAGCAACCAUCAAAGGUCCAGUUUAGGUCCAGCAGGAAGGAUCAAGAAGAUGGCACUUCUUUGAGCUUUAGAUGGAGGUCGUCCCCUGUGGUGCUGUGUAAACAUGAAGCUCAGAGCAGACACUCAUGUUCCUACAAACAAGCCCUGUGAUCUUUCAGCACAUCUCACAGCAGGAGGGAACUCGGAGGAGCUGUGUGACCUGAACCUCCUUGUGCAUGGAAGUGACUGGAUUUUCAGUUAUGUUGGGGAAAAUGACAAAGAAACUGAACAAGCGGCCUGAAAAGUGGCCAAUUAGUAAAUGAAAACAGUGUUUUAUCUGCAUCAGUGAGGAAAUGUUAAAACUCCAGACUUAAAUAUUUAUCUAAUACGUUAAUUUAACAAAUUGUCAUGUUGAUUGGUUGAUUAAUGGCAUAUAAUUGGAUAUUCCAAUCUGACAGUUUUCAGCGCAUCAAAGCAUCUACAGGUAACAUUUUCAGAAAACAUGACCAGGAUAAAGCAGUUACAGAAGAUGAAUGAAUGUAAGUAUACUUGAAUAAGUCUUUAUUUGCUUUCUUAUUUUAUAUCUACUGUCUAACCCUUACUCUAAUGGCAUCUACUGGCUUGCUCCAAACGAUAACUUAUUGUACUUGUACAGUGACAAUAAAGAUACCUUAUCUUACCUUAUGUUGAAUGAAUGGCAAAAUCAUCCAUCCAUCCAUCCAUCCAUCCAAUUGUAUCUCACUAUUCAGUGUACUUGUUUUGAGGAUCAAUCUGCCCUUCAAUAGUUUCAAGCAAUUCCUCUAAAUGAAUGAUUUUCUCCUUUAAAACAAUUUUAGUACUGUAGCGAACAGUUGUACAGUCAACUCAAAAUUUAUUGGCACCCUUCCUGGGGGGCAAACUAUUGUGUCCUUUUCCCUUCAAAGUUUCAACUCUUCUAGGCUUUUAAUUUUUUUCUUUUGCUAUUAUGGCCCUUAUUUGUAUUUAAUGAU